AUGCGGGAGAAGCUGAUUGAGACGGAGAAAGGAAAAGGAACGCCGAGUGCUGGAUCAGCAGGAGUUAUGCGGAUUCAGCUAUCGACGAGGGAGGACACAUCUGUGAUUAUUGAAGAAGGCGAAGGUUAUCGUCCUGGCUCACCUAGCGAGCAGUAUCAUCGCCAAGAAGACGUUUCGCCAGCGCUGACGAUGCUGCAUUAG